UUUGAAAUAUCAAACCCCACACUCUCCGUUAAUACUCUUUCAAAUCCCCCUCCCUGACCCUCCCUGUGUGUGACCCCCACGAGGCCUGAGCAGCGCCCAACACGUCACACGGACCGUUAUACCGCGUCAGUUCAUCAAUAUCGAGCCCACAACGGCCAUCAUCCAGUGAUCGUGAUAGUAUGCCGUCGGCAUUGCCAGACCGAGCGGAUUCGCCAGUUUCAGCGUCGCGAGGAGGACGCAUAGAAGACCAAGCCCUCGUCCUCGAUAACGUCGCUUCUUUCAAGCUCUCCCCCGCGGGCGACAAGGCCAAAGACAUCGUCAAAUUAAAUCAUGAGCACAACCCUUUGUUGAUUACGAAGUAUGAAGCGCCAAACGAGGGCCACCCCGGAUAUUUCACCGUCAUGCAUACUUACGACCCUAAGACGCCUAGUGGAAAGCUACUCUCAUUUGGCACGGCCGAAGCCAACGACAUUAUCCUCCCCGCCAAUUGCGGGUACUCGUCGCACCACUGCUUCCUUUUCUUUGAUCCCGAGGAUGGACAGCUCGUCUUCCAGGACAACACCGGCGGGAUGGCAACCGUCUACAAGUAUUCGCCUACGCCAAUUAUCCCAACUAUCAAUCUCGAACUCACAUCGCUGCACAAAGUCCAAAAAAAGCCCAUAAAUGCGUUUGAAAAUAAUCCCAGUCGCAACCAGAUUAUCACCAGAGGCGAGGGAGAUGAUACAGUACAUGUCAUCACUGUGGGCGAAGCUAGAUUCAAGUUCGAAUGGAAUAACAUUCAUAAGUCAGACAAGGACUGGGACCGAGAAUAUAGUCGACACUUGUGCCUGUCGACGGCUCGGCGACUGGAAAUGGCACUCUUUCUGUCAGACGCCUCCAAGCCCAGGAUGAACUUCGUGCCCGGGUUCCUUGAAAGUGCCCACACCGACUUCUCCUUCAUGAUCCUGGAGAAUGCCGACGAUGCCAGGUACGGCGAAGUCAAGGCCGGGUUCGACCACAGAACGGGCAAGACAUUCGUAGUAAAGGUGGCGUUGCAUUACUUGGACAAAAAUGAAGCGAAAAUAGCCUGGAGGCCAGCUGUGAAACAGGUGCUGAACGAAGUGAAAUGGGGCCUGAAAUUGAAGCAUAACAACAUUGUCGACUUUAGAAGGUGCGAAACGCUCCGGGGCGAGCAGCGCAUCGUAAUGAAGAGAUACUUGGGCAGCUUGGAAACCCUAAUGACACGAAAUCGCCUGGAGCUCCAAGGUACCGCCAAUCACAACUGCAGUCACCCAGUUGUGUAUCAGCCCUCAUGGAUGCCAUAUUUGGUGAAAGGCGUCCUCGAAGGGCUGGUCUACCUGGCAGGGCAGGGAGUCUGGCACCUUGACCUCAAAGCAAACAACAUACUGUACGAGCCGUUCAUGUUUGGUGGUCCGGCGCCGAAAGAAAUCGUCGCCCAAAACUACAAAUUCGUCAUUGCGGAUUUUGGCUUCGCCGUUGAAGCCCCCCAAAAAACUCCCAAAGAACCGAGUCCGACCAAGGAUUUUACUAAAUGGGAAAUUCUAGAAUCCUACCAUGCGCCAGAGCUCCUCGGGCCGCUCUCAAAGGCCACAGAGACGUCACAUCAGCCUUCGCUUGCCAUGCUGUUUCUUCAGGCCCAGGAAUACAUUUGCUCGAACUCUCAUCUCAUGACUUCUAAACAGUGGAAAGACAAGCUAAAUCAUCUUGGUACCUUGGCUGAAAUCCCAGAUCUCGGGGGGAAAUGGUAUCGCGCAAUGGCUGAGUCUGAAAAGAUUGUGGCUGAAAAGGGAGAACAAAACGAUCUUUAUAAGAAAUUCGAUGUCAAGGUCGAUGAGGCUUGGUAUAGGAGUAUGAGAGAAGAAGUCGAGGAUGAAGCGGCGAGAAUUAACUCGGAUAACACAAUACCGCAGAUCACUAAGUUGGAGGUUUGGCACCGGUUGAUGAGAUGGCACUCUCGCCUCGAGUGGCUCGCAACCUUCAGCGACCCCGUGUCCCACAAACGCGCCAUCCCAGCGUGUCACCAACAACUUCUCUGCAUCGAUCCCAGAGGCCGAAUGUCACUAACCCAAUGCCUCAACCGUUGGCGGCAAAACCGCUACGACUUUAUAGCAAGGGUGGGUAAGGAAAACCAUUAUAUUCACCCUUUGAUAGAAGUCCCCGCCGCCUUGUGGCCUAAACCAUCGGCAUCGAGGACGGUGAGAUCUGAUUCAAGCAGCGGCAGCGGACUGGGCGGAAGCGACAAGUCCUCGCCCAUGACCUUGGUCUCGUCCUUGGAGUCAAUGUCGUUGUCCGGCACGCUUUCUUCAGGAAAGGGCACCCACCUGAGAGAGGCGAAUUAGGACUAAUUUUGAAAUCGGAAUUUGCCUCGUGAGGACCGGAGCCUCUGGGGAUGGAGAAACGAAAAAAAAAACAAGGAAGAAAACAAGAAAAAAACAGGAAUCAGGGAAAAAAACACUCCCUUGGCAGAUAACUAACGAACAAGCAACUUUUUUGAAGACAUUAUUAUAUUUGGCGGUGUUGCAGAAACGAGAAGGGACAUAAACGAAGAAGCGGAUAUGGGGGAAAUCGAUUUCACUUUACCUUCCCUUCCCUACCUUAGGUACCUAGCUAGACUAGACGGCAGGUUCCGUCUAAUAUUCAGACGCAGAUUUUGUUUUCGAGUUCUCUGAGCAAAUGCAGUUGGUUACCUACUUAUU